CCCUAGGAGACCAGGCACAAGCCUAGUUGUAUUUCCUGAAAAAAAUCUAGAUUUUUCUUCAUAUAUGAAAGACCUAAUACCAAGAUUACGCGAGAACUCUCAAAUUAUCUUCAAAUUCAUAAACGAUCCCUACCAGCACAUAGUAAUCUGUUUUUCCACCAAAAACAUAUCUUACAAGUAGUGUUAAAUAAAUAAAUUAAAUUCUAGAAUUUAAUUUAAUAAAUAAAUAAUCGUUAAAUUAAUUAAAUAUUGUUAAAUAAACGCAGCAGUACAAAAAGACUUAAAAUAGAGAAAUAGAGGCUAUCGAUAUGUCAAAGAUAACCCUGGACGGCUUUUUUUCCUACUGCAAGCAAAUAGCUGAGCACAUCCAGUUGGGCGAAAGAAUGGCUUCUCUAUCAGGACAAGGAACCCCAAAACUGACAUCGGGAGUCGGCAAUCUCUACUAUGAUUCCAUCCUCCCGUACCGAGAGGAGGCCAGUCCUCAGACCCGGGAGUUCCUCGCGAGGGUGGUGGACGUCCUUCUAGAUUACGUGCAGAAGGUCAACGAUAGGAAUGAAAAGAUCCUGGAAUUCAAGAUGCCGGAAGAGAUGCAGAGGCAGCUGGACCUGUCUCUGCCAGAAGACCCCCUGCCAUUGAAACAGCUCCUCGAAGACUGCAAGAUCACCCUCAAGCAUCAGGUCAAAACUGGUCACCCCCACUUCUUCAACCAGCUGUCAUGUGGGCUGGACAUCAUCUCGCUGGCGGGCGAGUGGCUGACGGCGGCCGCCAACACCAACAUGUUCACGUACGAGAUAGCUCCCGUCUUCAUCCUCAUGGAGAACGUGGUGCUCACCAAGAUGCGGGAGAUGAUCGGCUGGAGAACUGGGGACUCCAUCUUGGCCCCAGGGGGCUCGGUGUCCAACCUGUACGCGUUCCUGGCGGCGCGCCACCACAAGUUCCCGCAGUACAAGGAGAAGGGGCUCACCAGCAUCCCUGGACAACUCGUCAUGUUCACUUCUGACCAGUGCCACUACUCGGUGAAGUCCUGUGCAUCGGUGUGCGGGCUGGGCACGGACUACUGCGUGUGCGUGCCGUCCGACGAGCGCGGGCGCAUGCUGCCCAACGAGCUGGAGCGACUUGUGCGAUAUCACAAGGAUAGGGGGAACGUGCCAUUCUUCGUGAACGCCACCUCAGGGACCACAGUACUUGGCGCGUUCGACCCCCUCACGGAGAUCGCGGACAUCUGCCAGAAAUACGACAUGUGGAUGCAUGUCGAUGCUGCGUGGGGCGGCGGAUUGCUGUUCUCCAAGAAAUACCGUCAUCCUCGCCUCACAGGAGUCGAGAGAGCUGACUCCGUGACAUGGAACCCUCAUAAGCUGAUGGGGACCCUGCUCCAGUGCUCCACCGUGCACUUCAAGUAUGAGGGAAUCCUCCUCAGCUGCAACGCCAUGUCGGCGGAAUACCUGUUCAUGACGGACAAGAUCUACGACGAGCGCUUCGACACGGGCGACAAGGUGAUCCAGUGCGGGCGACACAACGACAUCUUCAAGCUGUGGCUGCAGUGGCGAGGCAAGGGUACGUCAGGCUUCGAGCGCCUCAUGGACCGUUUGAUGGAGCUGUCGGAGUACAUGGUGCGUCGCAUCCGAGAGCAGAGCGACAAGUUCUACCUGAUCCUGGAGCCCGAGAUGGUGAACGUCAGCUUCUGGUACCUGCCGCAGCAGCUGCGGGGCUUGCCGCAUGACAAGAACAAGGAGAUCAAGCUGGGCAAGGUUUGCGCCAAGCUAAAGGGCCGGAUGAUGCAAGCUGGCACCAUCAUGGUGGGCUACCAGCCUGACGACCGCCGACCAAAUUUCUUCCGCAACAUCAUCUCUUCCGCCGCCGUCACUGAGAGAGACGUGGACUUCCUGCUCGCUGAGAUGGACCGCUUGGGUCACGACAUAACCGUCGAUUAAGUCUUUUUAACACCAAAUAAGUAAAAUUUAACAUUAGUUUUCAGUAAAUUUAACAUUAGCAUUCUUUUUAGUUGCAAUUCGCUCAAAUGUCUUAAUAGCUAUUUUGAAUUUUAUUGUUAAUAAUUAUUAAUAUUAAUUACAUAAAGGGAUGUUAAGCGAUGUCAUUUUACUUUAAGGAUCUAUUUAUUAGACUCUGAAGGAAAAAUGUACGAAAAUAUUUAUUGAUUAAUUAAUAAACAUCGAUUGGUCUUCCAAUAGUGUAUAUUUAGAUCUUAAAUUAUUAAUAUUUUCUUAUUUAACUUAAUGUUAAAUAGUUUAAAUAAACUCACUAUGGGUAAUAUAUUUUCGUGUAAUCUAUAUUUGCGUGUGAUUUCAGGAGUGCCAAGUUAUACUUAUGUGUGUAUAUUGUAAACUAUUGUAAUUUGUAGUUACUACUAGAGUUUACAGAAGUGUCAUUGUGUUAUUCUGGUCCAGGCGUAUUUAACAUGUUAAAAAAUACUUAUAAACUUUAUUACUUCUCUUAAAAAUGAAAUAUAUUAAAACGGAGACAAUUUUAAGUUGUUAAAAACAACAAAAAAAAUGUUAAAAAUACUUAUUAAUGCCCUUGCAUUUUGUUAGAAAGUUUAUCACGUAUUUAUGUAGUUUUGAUUAAAUUAACUAACCGUCUAUUUAUAAAAAAAUGUAACUGUUUGUCUGUUGUCUUUAUAAAAUUAUUAUUCUAUAGCUUGUUGUAUUGACAAUGGAAAUACUAUAUUUCUGUAAGUUUAACAGAUAUUUAGAGUGAAUAGUUUAAAAAAGAAUGAAUGGAAUUGUGUGAAAAUUGAAAAACACUUUACUGGAAUUGUAUUGUCUGUGUGAGAAUGUACCUACGUAUAUCUAGAUUCUAGAAAAUUCAAAAGAAUACGUACCUAUCGUGUUUCGUACUUAUAAGCUUUAUUAGUGUGAUUUGUUUCACUUUUUUUUUUUAAAUAAAUAAAGUGGUAAAUAGGUAUAGUUACUUAGAGAAAAAUAUUUCUACGUCUUGAUAUUUUGACUAUGCAUAUUUAAGAUUUAAACUAAGUAUUUAAAAGUAUAGGAAGGUAGAUAUAUUUACUUACUGUUGCUAUCUUAUCGAAAAAUUUGUUAACGCUUAGCGAAUAUAUUGAAUUUUAUAUUUAAAAAAAUAUUUUUUUAAUUGCGAGUAUGAUUAUGCUUUUUAAAAAGCAAGGAUAUUCCACUCUCAUUUUCAUUUUGUGGGUUUUCCUUUUUAUUAGGUUUUAUUUCGAUAAAGUUAGUGAAUUAUGUAUUUUUUAGAUUUUAAAUACCUACUUAAUUGUAUAAAAUAAGUAGGUUUACUUAUAAUAACUGAAAUAGGUACUAUAAACUAAUAGAAAUAUAGAUUUAGAGAAUCUGAUUCACUUAUAUACGAACAUAUCUCCCGUUUUGCCAAUUAAAAAAUAUAUUUUAAUAUUUUGGGAAUUAUUUGGUACGUAAAGACAUAGCACGCCUAGUUCUUAUGUAAAAAAAUGUGUUUCUUAUUGAUUUAUGAAUAUUUUUUUUGUUAAUUCUUGAACUAUAACCAGUUUUAAAGCAGGCUUUAAGUUUUUUAGUAACAACAAUUCUAUGAAAAAAUUAGUGUAACAAUGCAAUAAAACAUUCUAGCAUUUUCAAAUGUACAUUUAUAAAAUAAUAUCUUUUGACUAGUUUAUUUUUGGUACUUUUAUUAUUUUCGAAUAUCUAUUCCUUUAUAAAUAGAGAUAAAUUAGAAUAAAAUAUUGUAGGAAUAAACAACUUUGGACAUUUAAUUAAAAUAUUUGUAAAUAUAAAAAAAACUCGUGACGAUGACAAUAGUAAAAUGUAGUAUAGUGUUUUUCUAUUAGUUUUAAGGGUGACGCCAUCUUUAUUUCAACGAAAUGUGGUGUCUAAGCCGUUAAAUAGACAUUUCUUUUAAACAAUUGUUAGAAUUAAUAAAAUAUAAGUUUAUUUGUAAGAAUCUGAAUGAAAACUGUCUGUCAAAUUAAACAUUAACAUGUAAAUAAGUAGAAGUUUUUCGAUUGUUAUUAUUGGGAAAUGAACAAACUAAAGCAGAAAUCACUUGCAAAUGUAGGCUCUCAAUGCUUAGCUACUUAAUACUAUUUUUUUAACCACCUAAGUACUUUGUAACUGGCACGGCAAAUCCAACAAACAUUAAUAAUGUUCCUUCAAUUUAAUUGAAAUCUUGAUUUUGCAAAACUUAAUAAUUAUAAGUACUAAAAUGUAGUUAUAAGCUUAAAGCUUCGUAGAGUUAAGAAAUGAUAUAAAAAUAUUUAUUUUCAAUGUCAAUAUAAUAAGACGAAGUCUUCCAAAUGUCUUCCAAUUUUAUUGAAAAAAAUGUAUUUAAAAAGGUCUCUUAGUUCAUAAUUUUUUGGCGUUGACGUACAAAAUUGCAUUUAAAUGUUUGAACUUGAUAGGACUUUAAUACUCGAAUAUGGGUAUAAAAAAAAAAUAUAUAACGGUAACUCACAUAUCCAUUUUGACGCAAGUUUUGAAUAAAAAAUUCAAUUUUAAGACCGAUUUAAAAAAACUACUUUAAAUCGUUAAAAAUUAACAUGUAUAUAACUAUAGUUAACUUGAAAUAAAUCCAUCAAGCGUGUUAUUUUAAAACAUAAUCAAAAGGUUAUAGUAAGCUCGGACUAAUUUCAAAACCGGACAAAUCCGAGAAAAUUCGGAUUUAUGGUCUCACUAUAUUUUGAGCAAAAUUAAGUCUUAGAUACAUUUUGACCACUAUACAAAUACAAACACGAUGAAUUUCUAAAAUAUUUCCCUAUAAUUAUUUUUUCAAAUCGCAUCAUUUUACAUAAAAAUAACUGCGAUACUCUUUUUUCAAACGCGAUGCGUAUGAAAAAUAUGUUUUCAAUUUUAGCCAAAUUGGACCUUAUUGCUUUCUUUUUAAAGCAUAUAUUAGGUUUAAUUACUGUCGUCAAGCACGAUCUUGCAAUAUAAAAAAUAGGGUAUAUACGACAAGUGACAAUCUUUUACCAACAGAUGAAGCAAAAUAAAACGCACGCGGCGUUCCAUUUUUGAAAAUGAUUUAGCUAAGGGUUUCUAGAAUAAAUCGAGUAUGCCUAAGCAAAAAACCUAUGGCACUAAUUGGUAGGUAACUACUCUACCUACUACGUCUACGAGAUAUCCUUGGACGACCGCAAUAAAAGUAUGGUGGCCUCAAAACAGCUGAUUCGUUUGGCGGCCAUUUUCGGCGGAUGACAUUAUUCUGAACGCUACUCCCGUCCGAUUGAAAUCUAAAAAAUUUCAAGUUGCGCCUAAAUAAGUUGUACUUCAAAAAAAUUGCGUUUUUGCCAAAAUGUAUGAACUAAGGGGCAUUUGUAUGGAUGUUCGGUGUUUCGACAGUGUUUAGAGUUUAGAUGCGACGUGUGUGAACGUUUUCGAUCAGAUAUAUCGUGUUAGCUGAAUAAUCUUGUUCCAGUUGUUGAAUGUAAAGACCUGUAUAACCACAAUAAAUGGUAAUGUUGUUAG